GAACCGGAUGCAGUUAAGUUAGCUUUUCCCUGUGUUGUGUUGAUUUCUAGAGAGAGAAGGAAAAGAAGACUUGACGUUGGGAUUAACCUUAACUGCCUACACAGAGUUAUUGUGUCUGUCUCAUUCCUUAAAUCAAAAGUCAAAGGAAUCAGUGUCAACUUCUCAACUAGUCAAUGGGAAAAAUCUAACAAUGUUUAGCUUUGAGGGAGAUUUCAAGACAAGACCCAAGGUAUCACUUGGAGGAGCGAGUAAGAAGGAGGAGAAGGCAUCUCUGCUGCAUCGCACUCAAGAAGAAAGAAGAAAAAGAGAGGAUGAAAGGAAACGACUGAAGAAUGCCAUUAUCAUUCAGUCCUACAUACGUGGGUACCAGGACUUGAAACGACAGUAUGCCACCCAGAGGGCCAGUUUUGACGAGUCUGUCAGCCAGACGCUGGCGGGUGGAGCUCAGCAUGUCUUGGAUGGUCCUCGCCUCUGCCUCUUAUCAAGACAACUCAUAUUUUUCUACAGACAGGGUGUGGAUGCACAGAGAUUGAUAUGGUUGUGCCAGAACCUGGUUAAACUCAACAGUCAGUUUGUGAAGCUGUUGGUGGGCCCACAGAGACAAACAUGUAUGUUUCAGAUCAAGAGGAUCUUAGGCUUCUGCUGCAGACUCCUACAGAACUGCACGGAUGACAGUUUAAAUGUGGCAGUUCCCAUGCGGAUGCUAGAAAUCUUUUCUUCAGAGAAAACCUAUCUUCCUGUUAUUCCAGAUGCUAACUAUGUAGCUUCAUUACUCGAGCAGAUUUUGCACUAUAUGGUACAGAAAGGAUACUACAGGUCGCUGUAUAUUCUUGUGAAUCACAGGCUCCCUUCCAGUCUGGAGUACAGUGAUGCUCCGUCUGUCCCUCUUGCAAGCACACUGUUGGAGCACAUUCUCAAACCUCUGCACUUUACUUACUCCUCCUGCACAACAGGCGCAAGGCAGUUUGUAUUUGCCGCCUUUACCGAGGAGUUUAUCUCUGCACCUUUCACCGAGCAGAUCUUUCACUUCUUUAUCCCGGCACUGUCCGACGUUCGUCUCUCAUUCCCGUUCGAGGCCUUCCUGAGCACCCUGCAGGCCACCAUCGGCUCCUCCUCGUCACCGCAGAGCCAGGCGCCUUGGGUAUUUUACUUUGUCCUCUGUGCAGGGGAGAACUGCUUAGGCUCGCUAUCAGAGGAGGGUCUCCUGCUGUACCUCCGGGCUCUGCAGACGCUGCUGCCGCUGCUGCCAGUGUCGGAGAGCAGCACCAGGCCUGAAGUCAGCAGCGACUCGGAGGACGACGACGAUAACACUGGCAUCCAUCACCCUCCCAUGCAGGAUGACAGCAGAAUCUCAGUGCAGCUGAUCACAGAGGAGUGUGUGCACAAGCUGGACACGAAGCAUCAGACUAACGCCCUGCUGAACCUGGUCUGGAGGGAUUCGGCCAGCGAGGAGGUCUUCACCAUGAUGGCAUCCAUCUGUCACACACUCAUGGUCCAGCAUCGCCUCAUGGUGCCGAAAGUCAGACUUCUGUACAGUUUAGCUUUCAAUGCACGUUUCCUGAGGCAUCUCUGGUACCUGAUAACUUCCAUGACGACAAAAAUGAUCACUGGCUCCAUGGUGCCGCUCUUACAGCUGAUCUCGCGAGGGUCUCCGAUGUCGUUUGAGGACUCCAACCGCAUCAUUCCCCUCUUCUAUCUCUUCAGCUCUCUCUUCAGCCACUCGCUUAUCUCUGUGCAUGACAGCGAGUUUUUCGGUCACGAAAUGGAAGGUCAGACGCAGUCCUCCAUGAUGCCCUUCACCCUGGCAGAGCUGGUGACUCUGUCUCGCUGUCUGAGGGACGCGUGUCUGGGAAUCAUCAAGCUGGCCUACCCCGAGACCAAAACGGAGCACCGCGAGGAGUAUAUGGCUGCCUUCCGCAGUGUGGGUGUGAAGACCAACACUGAGGUGCAGCAGCGUAUCCAGGCUGAGCAGAAACGCUGGGUACAGCUCUUCAAGGUCAUCACUAACUUGGUGAAGAUGGUGAAAGCUCGCGACAUUAGACGACCCUUCUGUCCAGGAGGUCACUGGCUCUCUGAGGAGGUCAACAUCCGAGCAGAUAAGGUUACCCAGUUGUACGUCCCGUCUGCGAGACAUGUAUGGCGAACAAGAAGGAUGGGCCGCAUCGGGCCACUUCAGUCCACACUUGAUGUUGGUUUAGAGCCUCCACAGCUCUCUGUGUCUGAAGAGAGACAUCUGGCCAUCCUCACAGAGCUCCCUUUUGUGGUUCCCUUCGAGGAGCGAGUCAAGAUCUUCCAGAGGUUAAUCUAUGCUGACAAACGGGACGUGCAGGGGGACGGGCCAUUCCCCGAUGGCAUCAAUGUCACCAUCAGACGCAACUACAUCUAUGAAGACGCCUACGAUAAACUUUCUCCAGAAAACGAGCCGGACCUGAAGAAACGGAUUCGAGUCCAUCUUUUAAACGCUCACGGUCUGGAUGAGGCCGGCAUCGACGGCGGUGGCAUCUUUCGUGAGUUCCUCAAUGAGCUCCUCAAGUCGGGCUUCAAUCCCAACCAGGGCUUCUUCAAGACGACCAACGAGGGCCUGCUGUAUCCCAACCCCGCCGCCGAGAUGCUGAUCGGCGACUCCUUCACGAGGCAUUACUACUUUCUAGGCAGGAUCCUCGGAAAGGCGCUGUAUGAAAACAUGCUGGUGGAGCUGCCCUUUGCCAGUUUCUUCCUGUCCAAACUUCUGGGAACCAGCGCGGACGUGGACAUCCACCAUCUGGCGUCAUUGGACCCAGAGAUGUACCGCAACCUCCUCUUCCUCAAGAGCUACGAGGGUGACGUGGAGGAGCUUGGCCUCAACUUCACGGUGGUCAACAACGAUCUGGGAGAAGCUCAGGUGGUCGAGCUGAAGCUUGGAGGAAAAGACAUCCCGGUGACCACGGCCAACCGGAUAGCCUACAUCCACCUGGUGGCUGACUACAGACUGAACAAGCAGAUCAGGCCUCACUGCCUGGCCUUCAGACAGGGUCUGGCCAACGUGGUCAACCUGGAGUGGCUGCGCAUGUUUGAUCAGCAGGAGAUCCAGGUGCUGAUAUCUGGGGCUCAUGUGCCAAUUUGUCUUGAUGACCUGAAGAAGUUCACAAACUACUCAGGUGGGUACUCGGCCACUCACCCAGUCAUUCAGAUCUUUUGGGAGGUGGUCGAAGGCUUCACAGACGAAGAGAAGCGCAAGCUGCUGAAGUUCGUCACCAGCUGCUCCAGACCUCCACUGCUGGGCUUCAAGGAACUUUACCCGGUCUUCUGCAUCCACAACGGCGGCAACGACCUGGAGCGCCUGCCCACGGCCAGCACCUGCAUGAAUCUGCUCAAGCUGCCGGAGUUCUGCGACCAGCACCUGAUGAGGAACAAGCUGCUGUACGCCAUCGAGUCAUCUGCCGGAUUCGAGCUGAGCUGAGGAGGGCAAAGGCUUCUCUGUCCCUGCGUCCGUUGGAGAGAAAGACUUGGGGAACGCAAACGAUGCACUGACCUGUCUUGAUUUACUGUGUUUGUGUGUAUGUGUGUGUAUGAGUGUGUGCGUGCCAAGCCGUGGGUUUUUCCACAGACUGAGGAAUAAAGGGGGUGCAAGGAUGAAGCGGGGUAGGAAGCCUUUUUUUUUUUUUUUUUUUAAGCCUUGUUGCUUUUAAGUAAUUUAAUUGUUAAAUCUUGUGUCAGAACUUCAGAAGAAAGCCGCGAAACAGUCGAAUUUCAUGCAAGAGUAAAAAAAAACAUGAGGUGCUGCUGCUCUCUUGUGUAAUCUAACAUGAACACGCAGUUAUUUUUCACCAAAGAUAAAGUGGCAUCAUAUAAAAAAAGGCAAUAUAACAGACAGACAGACAGACAGACAGGGACGGACUGUAGGACUUGAAAGCUGCCUCGCGGUGUGCCAAGGGCUGCAGAGGAAGGGAAGCUUUCCUGUACAGCCAUCAAGUAUUUUCACAUCAAGGUCAUCGAAACUUUUUUGUGAUUUCUCUAAUGAUUAUCAACAGUAAUAACCGUCAUGUCUGACAACCAUACGCAAGUGUGCACACACCAUCCGAAGUGUGUAAACAGCUUAUAUUUGCUAGAUUUGGGGGAGAGUAUUAUAUGAUAAUGGAUUUGUGAAUAUGUAUAUGUUUACUCUUGUAUUAUUCAUUUACUCAGUAUUUGUACAGGUUUGUUUUUCUUUCCUUUGGUGUGAUGAGUGGAGGCCUCAUGUAUUCACACAUGCUCGCUAAGGUGAACUAUCCUCUUCCCUGGUCAGUGCCCUGAAGUUUUUGCUCUCUGGGAGCGUGUCAUAAGGCUUCAAGUGAUCAGUGUACCAACAGGGUGAUUAAAAACAAAAACAAGACAGUAUGGAAAUGAAUAAACCCACUUUUCUUUUUGCA